GAAGAGAGAGAGAGAGAAAGAAAGAGAACGAAUUGAUCCCCAUGUGCAGAGCUGGUUGCCCUCAACCUGUUUGGUCAAAUGCGUGAACCAAAGCAAGUCCAAGAAUGAUCCAAAUCCAAUUAUAAAUGCUUGAAGCUGUGUGAAUACAACUACUAGCCAUAAAAGACGUAGAAAAGUAUUUGUUUUUACACUCAAUCACAACUCAUUACAACUAAUUGCAAUCAUUGGUCUUAUUUUCUCAACCUUAUUUUCUACACAUUAGCACCAUCUUUCUCUGCCCCACACUCUUUACCCCCUUCCCUCCAAGCUUAUUUUGCUGACAUGAUGUUACAGUCAUCAUCUAUAGACAAAUGCAUUGAUGCUACAAAACCUAUUUGUUGGUUGAUUUGUGGUCACAGAUCAUUCUCUCUCUAGAAACCCUAAUGUGUUAGUUCACUUGCUAUUAAUGCAACCCCUUUGCGUGUAUAGAUAAACUUAUCUUGCACCAUUGGGAUCUGUAUUCUUGAUUUGAUUCUGUGUGGAUGAGAAUUCAACUCUGCAGGAUUAUAUAAGUAGUACCCUCAAUCUCCCAGUUUUUUGGGGGUUGACAUUUCUAGAUUUUUAUCCAUUUUAAUCCAUGGAGAACUUAUCUUCUUCUUCUAAGUUCUCCCUUGUUUGUUUGUUGGUUCUUUUUGUGGGUAGUUCUUAUUCUUUGAAUGCAGAACAAGAGAGUGAUAGAAUUAAAUUAUUGCCUGGGCAGCCAACAAAUGUUGGAUUUGAUCAGUAUUCAGGUUACAUAAAAGUGAAUGAGCAAUCUGGUAGAGCUUUGUUCUAUUGGUUAAUUGAGUCUCCAACAGCAAGAGGACCUCAGUCAAAACCUCUGGUUUUAUGGCUUAAUGGUGGCCCCGGCUGUUCUUCUAUAGCUUAUGGUGCUGCUGAAGAGAUUGGACCUUUUCGCAUUCGGUCUGAUGGGAAGACUCUUUACUUGAAUCCCUAUUCUUGGAACAACUUGGCGAAUUUGCUUUUUCUAGAGUCACCGGCUGGAGUUGGUUUUUCUUAUUCAAACACUUCGUCUGAUUUAUACACAGCCGGCGACCAAAGGACAGCUGAAGAUGCAUACGCAUUUCUUGUUAAUUGGAUCGAGAGGUUUCCGCAAUACAAGAAUCGCGAUUUUUACAUCGCUGGAGAAAGCUAUGCAGGUCAUUAUGUUCCUCAGUUGUCUCAACUUAUUUACGAAAGAAACAAAGGGAUUAAUAAUCCAGUUAUCAAUUUCAAAGGUUUCUUGGUAGGAAAUGCGGUUACUGAUGAUUACAAUGAUUACGUUGGGACAUUUGAGUACUGGUGGACUCAUGGUUUGAUUUCUGAUUCCACGUAUAAGUUUCUUCGACAAGCGUGUGAGAAAGUUUCCUCCCAGCAUCCAUCGAUUGACUGCACCAAGGCUCUCACUGUUGCUGAACUGGAGAUGGGGAACAUAGAUCCAUAUAGCAUUUUCACCCCUCCUUGCAAUAGUUCUUCGUCUUUAAGGAGUAAUCUGAGGGGACACUAUCCAUGGAUGUCGAGAGCUUAUGACCCAUGUACAGAGAGAUACUCGCAAGCUUACUUCAAUUUGCCUGAAGUUCAGAAGGCGAUGCAUGCCAACAUAACGCGUAUAAACUAUCCAUGGAAGACGUGUAGUGAUAUUGUUGGAAACUACUGGGGUGACUCUCCGCUUUCUAUGCUUCCAAUUUAUCAAGAACUGAUAGCUGCCGGUUUGAGAAUAUGGGUAUUUAGUGGAGACACUGAUUCAGUGGUUCCGGUGACUGCAACCCGAUAUUCCAUUGAUGCUUUGAAGCUCCCAACAGUUACCAACUGGUACCCGUGGUAUGACAAUGGAAAGGUUGGUGGGUGGAGCCAAGUCUACAAGGGGCUGACAUUUGUAACGAUUACUGGAGCAGGACACGAGGUUCCUCUUCAUCGCCCUCGGCAAGCCUUCAUUCUUUUCAGAUCGUUUUUGGAAAACAAAACCAUGCCGCCUUCUGCCUGAAUUUCUUCAGUUUAGUGGAUUCUGCUGCUCAUUGCAUAUGAAAUAAAUAGGUAUUGGAAAAUUUGAAGGAAAUUUAAAAAAACAGAUAAAAUGUAGUAACUUGAUUUAUUUAGGGCUGUCUGAAAAAUAAAUGGAACAAGAAGUUGUUUCUGGCCCUUAUUCUUGUGUAAAUCUGUGACUUACAUUUUGCAUUGAAUUCUUAGCAUUUUAGAUUAUACAUUGUAAG